AUCAAUAAUGGUAGGAGUGAUAUCAAUAAUGGUAGGAGUGAUAUCAAUAAUGGUAGGAGUGAUAUCAAUGAUGGUGGUAGAGAUAUUAGGGAGCUUUAGAUUCUAAGAAGAGGACGACUACGAGACCGAGAUUUUCUCAAAACGUAGCAGUACGCGCGUGCUUUAACCAGCGUCAUUUUUGGCGGGAAAACGUGAUAGCCGUCGUCAUUCUCUACGGGUUUUAGCGAGAAUGUCAUAGUGACGGAAACAAGUUAUCAAAUGUUAGAAAUUUGCUCAUUUUUGGAUCGGGAAAGGGCUUAGCCUCCUUCAAUUAAAAUAGUAGUGUUAACUUUUCCGAUGAAAAGGUGUACCUAUUUUUUGGGAAUACGCGAUAAAAACUCAAACUUCGUUCUUGUAGUCGUCCUUGCGUCCUCGAAUCUAAAGGCCUCUACUAAUGAUGGUGAUGGUAAUGGCAAUGGUGGUGCUAGUGAUGGUGAUAUCAAUGACGGUGAUGAAAUCAUUGAUGGUAAUGGUGACAGUCAAUGAUAGUGAUGAUGAAGACAGAAAGGCCUCUACCAAUGAUAGUGUAGUGAUAUCAAUGAUCAGAUGAUGAUGUUGAUAUCAAUGAUUGUAAUAUCAAUGAUGGUAACGAAGGUUUUAAUGGCGGUGAUGAUGAAAUCAACGAUGGUGAUGGUAAAGGUGAUAUCAAUGAUGGCGAUGGUGAUAUCAAUGAUGGUGAUGACGAAGACAGGAAUGGUAUUGUGUGCUGCUGGUGA